AUGUCUCGUGGCUCCAUAGAGAUCCCUCUGCGGGAUACGGACGAGGUCAUCGAGCUUGACUUUGAUCAACUCCCGGAAGGCGAUGAAGUUAUCAGUAUCCUGAAACAGGAGCACACUCAGCUGCACAUAUGGAUUGCCUUGGCGUUGGAAUAUUACAAGCAGGGAAAGACGGAGGACUUUGUGAAGCUGCUGGAAGCGGCUCGCAUAGAUGGCAACUUGGACUACAGGGACCACGAGAAAGACCAGAUGACUUGCCUGGACACUUUGGCGGCCUACUAUGUCCAACAGGCCCGCAAGGAGAAGAACAAAGAUGGCAAGAAGGAGCUGAUCACACAGGCCACCCUGCUGUAUACAAUGGCUGACAAGAUCAUCAUGUAUGACCAGAACCACUUGCUGGGAAGAGCCUGCUUCUGUCUCCUAGAGGGAGAUAAGAUGGACCAGGCCGAUGCCCAGUUUCACUUUGUGCUUAACCAGUCCCCAAACAACAUCCCGGCCUUGCUGGGAAAAGCUUGUAUCUCGUUCAACAAGAAAGACUACCGAGGGGCCCUUGCCUACUAUAAGAAAGCCCUGCGCACCAACCCUGGGUGUCCAGCCGGAGUCCGCUUAGGCAUGGGCCACUGUUUUGUAAAACUGAACAAGCUUGACAAGGCCCGUCUCGCCUUUGGGCGAGCUCUGGAGCUCAACCCCAAAUGUGUCGGAGCCCUUGUGGGCCUAGCUGUCCUUGAGCUAAACAACAAGGAGGCCGAUUCUAUUAAAAAUGGCGUUCAACUACUGUCCAAAGCGUACACCAUCGACCCAAGUAACCCUAUGGUGCUCAACCACCUCGCCAACCACUUCUUCUUCAAAAAGGAUUACAGCAAAGUGCAGCACUUGGCCCUCCAUGCCUUCCACAACACAGAAGUUGAAGCAAUGCAAGCCGAGAGCUGCUAUCAGCUGGCCAGGUCCUUCCAUGUACAGGAGGACUACGACCAGGCGUUUCAGUACUACUAUCAGGCCACACAGUUCGCCGCGGCCUCUUUUGUCCUACCGUUCUUCGGCUUGGGCCAAAUGUAUAUUUACCGAGGGGAUAAGGAGAAUGCGGCACAAUGCUUUGAAAAAGUCCUGAAGGCCUAUCCCAAUAACUACGAGACCAUGAAGAUUCUGGGAUCGCUGUACGCCGGCUCCGAUGACCAGGAGAAACGCGACACUGCAAAGAGCCACCUGAAGAAGGUCACAGAGCAGUACCCCGACGACGUGGAGGCUUGGAUUGAGCUUGCACAGAUUUUGGAGCAGACGGACAUACAGAAUGCCUUGUCUGCAUACGGCACAGCAACGAGGAUUCUACAGGAGAAGGUGCAAGCGGACGUCCCUCCAGAGAUUCUGAAUAAUGUGGGCGCUCUUCAUUUCCGCCUGGGAAACCUGGGUGAAGCUAAGAAAUAUUUCUUGGCCUCCUUGGACCGCGCCAAAGCAGAAGCCGAACACGAUGAACAUUAUUACAGCGCCAUUUCCGUCACCACCACCUACAACCUGGCCAGGUUGUUUGAGGCUCUGUGCGAAUUUCACGAAUCGGAGAAACUCUAUAAGAACAUUCUAAGAGAACAUCCAAACUACGUGGACUGUUACCUGCGUCUUGGCGCGAUGGCUCGAGACAAAGGAAACUUCUAUGAGGCUUCAGACUGGUUUAAGGAAGCCCUGCAGAUCAAUCAGGACUUCCAUUUUUCUGGGUUUUUCAGGAUCAUCCUGACGCUUGGUCUCUGAUUGGGAACUUGCACUUGGCGAAGCAGGAAUGGGGAAGCCGUUCCACACAGAAUGACACCUCUAUGUUGGCUCUGGGCAACGUUUGGCUGCAGACAUUACAUCAACCAACCGUGACCGAGAAAAGGAAAAGCGCCACCAAGAUCGUGCGUUGGCGAUAUACAAGCAGGUGCUCAGGAACGACUCCAAGAAUCUCUAUGCAGCCAAUGGAAUAGGAGCUGUCUUGGCGCACAAAGGUUAUGUCCGUGAGGCCCGUGACGUAUUUGCUCAAGUCAGAGAGGCAACGGCGGAUAUUAGCGACGUUUGGUUAAACUUGGCGCACAUCUACGUGGAGCAGAAACAGUUCAUUAGUGCUGUGCAAAUGGUAUGAAAACUGUCUGCGCAAGUUCUACAAACACCAGAAACACGGAGGUCCUGCUGUACCUGGCCAGAGCACUCUUCAAAUGCGGCAAGUUGCAGGAGUGCAAGCAGAUCCUCCUGAAGGCUCGGCAUGUGCGCCCAAUGACACUGUCCUCAUGUUCAAUGUGGCCCUGGUGCUCCAGAGACUUGCAACGUCCAUACUGAAGGAUGAGAAGAGUAACUUGAAAGAAGUAUUGAAUGCAGUAAAAGAGCUUGAACUGGCACACAGAUAUUUCAACUACCUGAGCAAGGUCGGUGAUAAGAUGCGGUUUGAUUUGGCUCUCGCUGCCUCAGAGGCCAGGCAGUGUUCCGAUCUCCUGAGCCAGGCGCAGUAUCACGUCGCUCGCGCCCGUAAACAGGACGAGGAGGAGAAGGAGCUGCGAGCCAAACAGGAACAGGAGAGAGAACUGCUGAGACAGAAACUGGUGAAGGAACAGGAAGAGAAACGCCUCAAGGAGGAAGAGGAGCAGAAGAAGCUCUUGGAGCAGAGAGCUCAGUACGUGGAGAAGACCAAAAACCUCCUGCAGUUCACUGGAGAGAUGGAGACCCCAAGAGAAAAGAAACGUGGAGGAGGACGGAGAUCGAAAAAAAAUGGGGAGUUUGAGGAGUUUGUUAAUGAUGACUCAGACGAUGAUCUGCCCAGAAAGAAGAGGAGGAGGAAGGGCGGCAGUGACAGCGGAGGGGAUCAGGAGGGAGGUGAAGGCCAAGAGGGAGAAAAGAAGAAGAAAAAGAGGAGGAAGAGGCCUUCAAAGACAGGUGAAGGGUCAGAUGACGAGGAUGAUCGUCCACGACCUAAGAAGAGACCUCCACAGAAGAAGCCGGCUAAAGUUGAGCGAACUCCGGCUUCCAUGAGAGGCAAAAUCAAAUCGAAAGCCAUGAUCUCCUCCAGCGAUGACGACUCUUCGGACGAGGACAAACUGAAGAUCGCCGACGAAGGAAAUGCCAGAAACAGCAACAGUGACUCGGAUGAUGGCGGCAGACCGGCGAAAAAGCGCAUCAUGUCCGACAGUGACUCUGAUAACGGGAACAAAUCAGGAAGCGGUGCCGGCAGCCCGCAGAGGUCUCAGCAGUCCGGCGAGGACUCUGAAGACAACUGGCCGAGGAAGAGGCGAAGGUCAGACUCCGGAUCAGACAACGGCUCCGUCCAAUCCAGAAAAAGCGCUUCCGGGGGCUCAGACAACGAGUCGCGGGCUGCAUCACGUAGCCCCCAGUCCAACAGGGGUUCUGACAACGAGGGUUCGGCCAGAGGUUCUCCAAAUGAGUCUGAGCAGGAGAUGUCCACCAAUGAGAAGUCAGACCGGGGAUCAGAUGACAGCGAUUAG